CUUCCCUGCUUCAAGGCAUAGCCUUCUCCGCUUCAAAACUCUUCUAAAAGUCCAUCUCCUCUAAGAAGUCCUACCAGAUCAUCUAUCUUCCCCACGCUGUCCUUGGGACACCACAUUGCCAGCAUUGAUGAAUAUCUUUGGUAGUCCAUGUAUCAGGGGUCACGAGAGAACUGUGUUAACAAGCUGAAGAGGUUGGAUCCCCUUGGAAGAAAGGCAGUGCAAACUCCCAAGAGCUCCGGGUGAGCGCUGGGUUUAUCCCGUUCGGAAAUGCGAUUUUUGUGGCGACCUCUAAAAUGCCACCGUGAGAUUAAUCACCUCCAAAGCAAGAGUUCGCCGGCCCCGGUGUCUGCCGCCCGAUGGUGAGUUUGAAGCGGAGGAUCCUGCAGAGUGAAGUCGCAGCUGGCUAGGCCGGGGUUUAAAUCGCAUUCCGUUUCAGAGAACACUGUGCCAUCAUCCCCUCCGGCGGGAGGGGCCGAUGCUUCCGGGGAAGAGGUGGCUGAAGAGCGGGGGGUUCGGGGAUCCUCCGAGGAGUCGAGUCGAUCCGUUUCUGGUUUUGUUCGGGGGAAAUACUCGUCGUCCGGGGUUAAGAAAUUUUCUGGUACCGAUGAAGGAGGCCCGACGCAGACAAUCGACUUCCACGUGGUCAGAAACGCCCAGGUGCAGGGACGGUCCCUGCGGCGGAUUUCUCCGUAGCUGGGCGGAUGGGAAGACUGGACUGUCUCUUCCCCGCACCAGCACGGACACCUUCUUCUCAGCAGCGGCGAUGGCUCCAGGCUUGCGGGGAACAAGCCGCCCAACCAACGCAACCCUACCGUUCUGACCCUGCACCGGCUUCUCCGGCGGCCAGUUGCUUAGUGAGCUGGCCUGAGGGAGAAAAGGAGCACGGGCAAGACGCGACCAUUCACAGCUGAGCUCUGCGAGCACCCGAGAGCCGGGGGAAGGAUGGAGGCCGCUGAACCGCAGAGUAGGACUAAGUUCUAGACGGAGAAGAGCGUCCCGGUGGGGCAGUGGCCUUGGCUCCAAGUUCUCCAUGGCACAGGCUCCCCGGCAGGACGGCUGACGGGACCGCCCUGGGCGAAUGCUUCUGGACCUUGGGCCCUGGGCACUCGGGGAAGGACCGGUGGGAACGACACACGAGCGAGGACCGGAAGGGGAAAGAGAAAUGGACUCUGAGACGCCAACAUGGAAGUCACUUGACAGCCCCCAGCCGGGCGGCUUCCUUCUGUAAGGACAGGUUCAGAGUGGCAUCACAAGCUUGGUUGGGAGAACAGCAUGCAGGAAGCUGGUUUUCAGGUCACAAACGCUUUCACAGAGUGCCAGUUCACCUGCACCAGUGGUAAAUGCUUGUAUCUGGGUUCGCUGGUCUGUAACCAACAGAAUGACUGCGGGGAUAACAGUGAUGAAGAAAACUGCCUCCUAGUCACUGAGCAUCCACCUCCGGGCAUUUUCAACUCGGAACUGGAGUUCGCCCAGAUCGUCGUCAUCAUCGUGGUGAUCACGGUGAUGGUGGUGGUGAUCGUUUGCCUGCUGAACCAUUACAAACUCUCCACACGCUCCUUCGUCAACCGGCAGAGCCAGAGCCGAGGGCAGGAGGGCGCGCUGCAGCCGGAAGGGUGCCUGUGGCCUUCUUCAGACAGCUCAGUGCCCGGUCAGAGCGCUUCAGAGAUCAUGUACGCGCCGCGGGCCCGGGACAGGUUCGCCGCUCCGCCGUUCAUGCAGCGGGAUCGCUUCAGCCGGUUCCAGCCCACCUACCCGUACCUGCAGCACGAGAUCGACCUGCCCCCGACCAUCUCCCUCUCGGACGGGGAGGAGCCGCCCCCGUACCAGGGACCGUGCAUGCUGCAGCUGCGGGAUCCCGAGCAGCAGAUGGAACUGAACCGCGAGUCAGUGCGGGCCCCGCCCAACCGAACCGUGUUCGACAGCGACCUGAUGGACGUCUCCCCGUACCACGGGGGCCCCUGCCCGCCGAGCAGCAACUCGGGCAUCAGCGCCACCAAUUGGAGCCGGAAUGGUAGGGUGGAAGGGCCCCCGCCGGCCUACAGCGAGGUGAUGGGGCACUACCCCGGCUCCUCCUUUUUCCAUCACCAGCACAGCAACGCCCAGAGAGGGGGCAGACUCCAAUUCCAGCAGAACCACGUGGAGAGCACAAUAGUACCGAGCAAAGGCAAAGACAGGAAACCCGGGAACCUGGUCUGAUCCUCCCCGCGGCCCCCCGCCGCCACCGGCCACGGGGACGGCGGAGGACGGGGACCCGGGAGGGCGGCGGUGCCCCGGGGUCCAGGCGGGCCAAGCCCCUUCUUUGUUCUGGAUUCCUUUUGGGGGGGGUGGGGGAUCGCAUGCAGAGCGGAUCGAAAUAGACAAACUUCCAUUCGGCUUCAACCGAGAGCAGUGUUUUCAUUUGGAGGGAAGGAAGAGGAAAAAAAAAUAUAUACAUCAAACCCACGUCGGUUAUUUAAUUCCGAAGGGAAGCUUAGCACAGAACUGAGGCUUCUCCGGCCUGUUUCUCCUCCCUGAAAGGCAGAGGGGUCGGGGUGGCCGGGCUGACGGCGGGGAGGGGGAGAAAAAAAAAAAUCGGCCAGUUUGCUUGUUCUCCCAGGCGAGGAAUGUUUCUUUGGUUUGUUUGUUUUUUGUUUUUUUUCUUUUGGUUCUUUUUUGUUUUGUUUUGUUUUUAAAUAUGAACCGAAAUUCCUGUUUUGUGUGCCAAGGUAGGAAGUGGAGACAUUAGAUGAAUGCAAGGAGUUCAUUUGUGUUGUGAUAAUGUGUUUUUAAAAAGUUGCACUAUCUUAAUGUUAGAAAAAUAUAUAUAUGAGGGAACUGUUUUACGUGAAGUUCUAUAUGUUGUCUCUUUUCACCUGUGGAGUACUUAUUAGGCCUGAACGACUCUGGAGGAGUUCUCCCCGGAGAUGAGAGAGAGGGGUUUGGGUCACGGAGCCUACCGUCUGCCCACGCCGUGUCGAUCAGUGACCCUAGGGACCCUUAGAUGUUCUCUUUGCAAUAAUUUGCAGCCCAGUGACAGGGCAUCGGUGAAGUUUAGUAGAGAGACUCGAUUGGAAGGUAGCAAACCGAUUCCAACGUUUCAGACGUCUGUCUGUUUUAGUUACUCCGCAGUUUUAGGGUGAAUGUUUUAUGAAAAAGCAACCAGAAAGCCAGACGCACUCAGUUCACGGGAACCAUGACGAAGCGCUGCCGCUUUGCUCCUUUUGACGAUGCAGUAUCUUCAGUCUUCAAGGGGUCGAGAGGGUGUGUCUUCACUGUAGCCUGAAAUAUAUUUAGUCACAUAUCCUGACAUUAUGCAAUAAAUCGUUUCAAAGUGCACGAUUGGUUUUUUUUUUUGGGGGGGGGAAAUCUUGUUAAAACCUGUGACUCUAUUUGUUGUCCUCUGGCUGUCUCGUUGUUUUCUAGAAAUUUAAAUUUAGGCCCGGAGAGCUGGUCGCCUCGUCCGCCACGGCCCGUGGAGCCUUCGCUGGGCCGCGGGGGUCCCUUGGGAGCCCGCCGCUCCACCCUACCGCCCAGCUACUCCCGUUCUAAAGCCAUCGACUUCUUCCCCGGGAAGGUUCGCAUCUCUCGACCCAGCGCGGGGCUCGGGACCGGCUCCUCGCCCCCCGCGAUCCUCAGAUCCCCUCCCCGAGAACGGCCGCUCUGGGCACUGGGGCCAGAAGCGGGGAGGUGGUGGCGGAAGGGAGGACGGGCGGACGGACGGAUGGACGGAUGGAUGGAGAGUGCCUUCUAGAGCACAGAAAAAGCACAACGCGCACUUAAAAUGCAAUUAGGAAAUGAAUUUCAAACAGAUCUGUGUCGUCUUAGUUUGAAUAGGCCUGCUAUUUCCAUGUGCUGGCGUUUGCAUCUGAAAGGAAAAAAGAAAAGAAUCUCCCUUUUUCUAUGGUCUUAAGCAGACUGCUUUUGAAACAGCGGCUGCAACAGGGACCGCCCCCGCCGCCCAGCACGGCAGACAAGUACUGUACUCUCACGCGUGCUAAGUUGUUGGAGGUUGGAUUUCUGUACACCUUCUGCACAAAGAAAAUUGGACUGAAACACUGAUUAUUAAAGUGACUAUCUGAUC